GCCCGGCGCCGCGAGCCGAGGUGUCUCCCGCGCCCGCGCCCGUGUCGCCGCCGUGCCCGCGAGCGGGAGCCGGAGUCGCCGCCGCCCGAGCGCAGCCGAGCGCACGCCGAGCCCGAUCGCCUCCGCCAUGGCCACCACGGUGACCUGCACCCGUUUUACCGACGAGUACCAGCUAUACGAGGAUAUUGGCAAAGGGGCUUUCUCUGUGGUCCGACGCUGUGUCAAGCUCUGUACCGGCCAUGAGUAUGCAGCCAAGAUCAUUAAUACCAAGAAGCUGUCAGCCAGAGAUCACCAGAAACUGGAGAGAGAGGCUCGGAUCUGCCGCCUGCUGAAGCAUUCCAACAUUGUACGCCUCCACGACAGCAUCUCUGAAGAGGGCUUCCACUACCUGGUCUUCGAUCUGGUCACUGGUGGGGAGCUCUUUGAAGACAUUGUGGCAAGAGAGUACUACAGUGAGGCUGACGCCAGUCACUGCAUCCAGCAGAUCCUGGAGGCCGUUCUCCAUUGUCACCAAAUGGGGGUCGUCCACAGAGACCUCAAGCCUGAGAACCUGCUUCUGGCCAGCAAAUGCAAAGGGGCUGCAGUGAAACUGGCAGACUUCGGCCUGGCCAUCGAGGUUCAGGGAGACCAGCAGGCAUGGUUUGGAUUUGCGGGAACGCCAGGCUACCUGUCUCCCGAGGUCCUUCGGAAGGAGGCCUACGGCAAGCCUGUGGACAUCUGGGCAUGUGGGGUGAUCCUGUAUAUCCUGCUGGUGGGCUACCCACCUUUCUGGGAUGAGGACCAGCACAAGCUGUACCAGCAGAUCAAGGCUGGGGCCUAUGAUUUCCCAUCUCCUGAGUGGGACACCGUUACUCCUGAAGCCAAAAACCUCAUCAACCAGAUGUUGACCAUCAACCCUGCCAAGCGCAUCACGGCCCAUGAGGCCCUGAAGCACCCAUGGGUCUGCCAACGCUCCACGGUGGCCUCUAUGAUGCACAGACAGGAGACUGUGGAAUGUCUGAAGAAGUUCAAUGCAAGGAGGAAGCUCAAGGGAGCCAUCCUUACCACUAUGCUGGCCACACGGAAUUUCUCAGUGGGCAGACAGACCACCGCUCCGGCCACAAUGUCCACCGCGGCCUCCGGCACCACCAUGGGGCUGGUGGAACAAGCCAAGAGUUUACUCAACAAGAAAGCAGAUGGAGUCAAGCCCCAGACAAACAGCACCAAAAACAGCUCGGCCAUCACCAGCCCCAAAGGAUCCCUCCCUCCUGCAGCCCUGGAGCCUCAAACCACCGUUAUCCAUAACCCAGUGGACGGGAUUAAGGAAUCUUCCGACAGCACCAACACAACCAUAGAGGAUGAAGAUGCCAAAGCCCCCAGGGUCCCUGAUGUCCUGAGCUUGGUGAGGAGGGGCUCAGGAGCCCCAGAAGCCGAGGGCCCCCUCUCCUGCCCAUCUCCAGUUCCCAUUAGCCCCCUUCCAGCCCCGUCCCCCAGGAUCUCUGACAUCCUGAGUUCAGUGAGAAGGGGCUGUGGAACCCCAGAAGCCGAGGGACCCCUAUCAGUGGGGCCCCCACCCUGCUUGUCUCCGGGUCUCCUAGGCCCCCUGCCCACCCCGUCCCCCAGGAUCUCUGACAUCCUCAACUCAGUGAGGCGGGGCUCAGGGACCCCAGAAGCUGAGGGCCUCCCACCAGUGGGCCCCCAACCCUGCCCAUCUCCGACUCUCCCUGGCCCCUUGCCCACCCCAUCCCGGAAGCAGGAAAUCAUCAAGACCACAGAGCAGCUCAUUGAGGCCGUCAACAAUGGCGACUUUGAGGCCUAUGCGAAAAUCUGUGACCCAGGCCUGACCUCAUUUGAGCCUGAAGCUCUGGGCAACCUGGUCGAAGGGAUGGAUUUCCACAGAUUCUACUUCGAGAACCUGCUGGCCAAGAACAGCAAGCCAAUCCACACCACCAUCCUGAACCCGCACGUGCACGUCAUUGGUGAGGAUGCAGCAUGCAUCGCCUACAUCCGCCUCACACAGUACAUCGAUGGCCAGGGCAGACCCCGUACCAGCCAGUCCGAAGAGACCCGUGUGUGGCACCGCCGCGAUGGCAAGUGGCAGAAUGUACAUUUCCACUGCUCGGGCGCGCCAGUGGCCCCACUGCAGUGAGAGCUGCGCCUGGUUUCACCGGACAGAGUUGGUGUUUGGAGCCCAGCCGCCCUCGGGCGCACGGCCUGCCUGUCGCAUGUUUGUGUCUGCCUCGUCCCCUCCCCUGGUGCCUGUGUCUGCAGAAAAACAAGACCAGAUGUGAUUUGUUUUUAAAAAAUAAGAUGAUGACAACGACAACCACAUGCAAACAAACAAACAAACAAAUAUUGGCAUCGGAUGAAAUGAAAAACAAACAAACAAAAACAAAAAACCUAAAGAAAGGAAAAAGCUGUAAAAAUCUGGCAUUUGUGGGGCCACCCCCCACCUAAGCUCCACAUGUGUCUGUUGCGCUCCUGGCUUUGGGGACCCUCAGGGCGUGAAUGUGCCCAUGCCGACCGUUAGUCUGUAGGUACUGCACUCACCCCACACUUUGGGCGUCUGCAUCCUCCCUCCCAUGCAUGGGCCCCACGUGCUAACCUGGCUGUUGUGGUGUCAGGUGUCUUGGGAAGGGCUGGGGGCUGCCUCCUUUCCUGCUAGUUGUGCCUGAGAGUUGCCGCUGCUCCUGCUUUCCCCUACCCGUCCCUCAUCCCGUGAAGGGCUGGGAGGGUGCUCCUCUAGCCAAGGACCUACCUUUGCCCCAUGGAGUGUGUAGAAGCUUGUCCUCUAGGUCAUCAGAAGAGAACUUGGGCUCUCAGCUCCGGUUCUUUGGGGAGUGAGGUAUGGAGGUCCAGAUCUCGCCUCCAGGCCUCCUGCCUGGCAGGGGUUGGUUAAGAAGGCACGCUGUCUGCAGUGCCUACCCAUGUAGCUAUGAAGAGAGGACUGGGCAGAGGAUGGCCUCCUACCUGUUUGGGGUACUUGUCCCUUCCCUGCCACCAGCAGCUGAGCAACAGUGGCCCACCCCUGGCCUGGGCAGUUCCUCUCUGAAGUUGGCGGCAGACCCUAGCGAAGAUGGAGAACCUGAGAUACUGGACGGAUGCUGGGAGGAAGCCAGGCUGCGUCUAGGGUGUUUGUCCACUGAGCUUGGAGUCUGGGUGUUCGAGACUUGGUUAACUGUUGCAGAAUGUGGGAAAGAGGGAGCCAGAAGUUGGGUUUUAGGCUUCUGGGCAACGCAGGUCCAUACAAGUGUUUGAUGAAAUGGGAGUGCUUUCCUAACCUGGGUCUAGAGAAGAAGCCAGAGCAUGUGCCACCUAGAGGCACAUGGAAGGCCAAAAUUGGUUAAGGCUGUAUUGUGUGAGGCCCUUUCAGGUAGGCCAGAGACACAGCUUAGAGAGAAGGCAGGCUGGGGGCAGAGAUAUAUGGGUGUGGGGCCUGGACACCAGUGGGUGGAGGGAUGGUCCAUUAGGACAGUGUGCCACCUCCAGGGCCCAGUGGUGCUCCUAGGUGCCAGCUGCCUGGACUCAUUGUGGGUGGCCCUGGCCCUUGGUGACAGAGGGAAUCAUCAAGGCUGGACAUGUUACAAAGUCAGGCUAGGGAGAUAGGUAUGAAGCUGGGUUGGGUAGGGGUGGACAGAAGCUUUGAUUACAGAGGUCCGUGGGCCUCCACCCCAACGUUGCCCACUUUAAAUUCACGUCAUUUUCAACCAGGAUUUUCUUUAUCUUUUACUACAUACAAAUCAAGCCAAGGGAGGGGCACGAAGUGGGGAACGGGACACAGGAUCCUAAACUCCAAGGGGACUGUCCACCUACAGACACUCAGUGGAUACAACCUUUCAUCCACACUGUGCCCAGGACAGCUGUCCCCUACCCAUGGACACAGGGUAAACAUCUGCCAGGCUCCACUCGAGUGGCCCAAGGCCAUGGAACAGUGGCAGGGCUUGCCACGGACAGUGUGAGGCCCUGUGGCCUGCCGCCCUGGCAUCCUGGGGUCUCCUCUCCUCUCCUACCCACCUUGUUAUCUCCACAAAGCUGCCUGUCUGGGAUAAUUUGGGGAUUUUUUUUUCUGGGGGACAAAUCUUUUGCAUGACCCUCUAAAGAGCAGGACACUCCUGCUCUACUGGCUAGGUGUUUGCAGGCGGUGGCGUCGGCCGCUGGCCAGUGCUGUGGCGUGUCACUGCCUGCAGUACUGGUGGCUCUCCUCUCUUCUCUCUUUUUGCUGAGUUCCAUUGUCUUUUCUUUCUGAGCCUUGUAGGUGUACAAAACUUAUUCUUAUUUUGUUCUGUCUCGGGAAACUGCAAAUAAAAAAAAAAAAAGGACAAAUUGCUUCCA